AUGUUGAGGUGGGCCUUCAACUUCGAGAGGUGGCAACCGACAGAGGCGGAGUGGUCGGCUGCCCUGGCACUGGUGCCGCCUUCCGAGCAAGAUCGCAUCGGCCGCUUCAAGCGCCCGACGCGGCAUGCCGGCCUGCUGGUGGGCCGGCACAACCCCGACGCCAAAUCGGCCCUGGUCGGCCGGCUGCUCAUCCUGCUGGCCGCCGCCCAGCAUCGCCCACACGCCCCACUCGACGCCCUCCGCUUCGAGCGAACGCCGCAGGGCAAGCCCUACCUCGCCCUCGAUGCCCGUGAGUCGUCAGGCCCCGUGGCAGUGGAGCACUUCAACUUCAACGUGUCGCAUGCGGGAGAGUGGGUGGUGCUGGCGGCCGAGACGACGCACCUGAUCGGUGUCGACGUGAUGAAGGUGGAGCUGCGCGGCAGCAACCCAUCGCUCGACCAGUUCUUCCACGACAUGCGCAGCUGCUUCACGCCCCUCGAGUGGCAACACAUACGACAGGCUUCCACCGGUGACGCCCCACUGCAGCUGGAUCGCUUUUUCAGGCACUGGACCCUCAAGGAGGCCUACAUCAAGGCCGUCGGGAUCGGCCUCGGCUUCGACCUCCAGCGCGCGCAGUUCCACUGUCGGGAGGUGGCCGACGGCGGCGGGCUGUGCGCGACGGCGACGGUGGAAAUCGAUGGGGCGGAGAGGCGGGAGUGGACGUUCGAGCUGGAGUACCUCGACGCCCACCACCUCGUCGCCGUGGCUCGCGGCCCGUUCGCGCAGGCGCUCGACGGCUACAGGCAGGCCAUCGGUGUGCCAGAGGAGGAAGAGGAAGAAGAAGUGGCGACAGAAGCUCAGCAAUCAGAGGAAGAAGUGAGGCCGUACCGAGCGUGGCGCGUGUGGACAUUCGAGGGGCUGAUUCGGCACAUCACCCAACGACAACAUGACCCGCGAGAGUGA